AAAUAACUUAUUAAUUAAACGUUUGUUUCUCAUACGUAUCAUAAAAUUUAUAUAUUGUACCAAACUAAAUAAAUAAAUUUUAAAUGGUCAAUAAUAUUUAAUUUUAUUUUUAAUUAUUAGAUUAAUUUUAAUGGACGACAAUUUUACGGCUAAACGAAAAUAAUAUUCGGUUGAAUCCGGAUAAGCCACUGAUUUGACGAAAUACAUGGCAAAAAAUGGUAUUAAAAGCAUAUUAUAAUUUAAUGGUAAGCUCGAAUAAUUUACUAAAAAUAAAUACUUGUUUAUACUGCGUGAGAUAUUCGAAUUUCUUAUUUAUAAAAAGUAUAAUAAAUUUAAUUGUACGAGCAAUGGGCUUAUUUUUAAUAGAUAAUAAUAUCAUAUUAGGGAAAAGAUGUAUUAGUAAUAAACGACAAUCAAACUAACUUUAGAUUGACUUCAGAUCUAAACUAAAAUAGGCUUCGUACAAAGUUAUGCCGCAGCAUUAUUUGUUAAAAAA